AUGGUCGUGCUUCGUGCUGAACGCGUACUGCCUACCUCUUUGGAGGCAUUUAUCAUUCGUCUUUACCGACAGGAAAACAAGGAUGGGUUCCUCAAAGCAUUCUCUAAUAAUGCGGAAUCUUUUGCAUCCGGGUUUAGUACUCUGCAGACCAUCAUGGGACAGCUGCACCUACGCCAGGGCGCCAUUCUUGAAUGUCUAGAGGCUACGCUAGCUGAGAUACAGCGGAGCAAGCUUACAUCUGAUAUCGACGACUUUAGUGUGGAGAGAAUAAUGCAUGGAUCGUACGAUAUCACGAUCCGCCGUCAGCUCGACCCAGUUUGGCAUCGCUUGAAGGCCAUUCUUAUUUCUCAUGGUCCCUCUGACGAAUCUCGCCAGCGGCCCUCUCAGUGGCUGAUGAGUGAUGCAGCCAACGUCAUUUUUGGUGAGGCUAAAGCGCGCCUCUGGAGCGCAUCCGAGGAUGACGGCACUGUCUCAUUGACAUUAGAAGAACCGCCCAAGUGGAAGCUACUUCUGAAACUGCUACUCAACUUCGACCAGCAGAUCAAGGCACAAAUUGCCCAAGAAUCCCAACAUUCGGUACUGGCACACGAAUCUCUGAGCGAAGCAAUGCAAAGGAAAGCUAUUCGAUCCAGUACCUCCCCGAACAAGCGCCGCCGCAUGCGCGGUGGUAUGAUCCACUCUGCUUCUUCCCGCCCUAUUGUACCGGAAGUUUCUAAAAGUGAAUGGGACCAAUUGUCACAGGUCUCAAUUGUGGAAAAUGGCAAUGUAUCUUCUCAAGGGGAUGCAGAAUCAGUGAAAACCGACAACUGGGACUCUAUUGUGAACGAAGAUGGAAAUGACUAUUUUGGCAUGGUGGACCAGGGUCAACUUGUCAUCAUUCAAUGUUAUCAGGCUGAUGAAGACGAUAGCUUAUUGCAAGAGCUGAUGCCUGGCCAUGUUAUCUUAUACGACCCAAAUGCUCAUUUCGUCCGACAUAUUGAGCUGUUUCGUGCUCUCUAUGGCAUUCAGGACCUACGAAUAUAUUUCCUGCUGUGCACUGACUCGGUGGAAGAGCAAAUGUAUUUGGCAGGAUUACGCCGUGAAAAAGAUGCCUUCGAGCGGAUCAUUCGAAAGAAAGCGACUAUGGCGAUCCCGCUUACUGCGGAAGGGGCACCUAUGGUUGAGCAAGCGGACGACCGUAUGAUCCGGUCACUAAGCACGCGUGUUGCUGGCGGACAGCGUGCUGGGCAUGUGUCGCAGCGUCCCACUGUGGUUGUUGACAUGCGAGAGUUUCGCUCAAGUCUGCCCUCACUGUUGCAUGCGGCUGGUUUUGUGGUAACUCCGUGUACGCUGCAGGUGGGUGACUAUGUGAUAUCGUCGGAUAUGUGCAUCGAGCGCAAGACUCUAGGCGACCUUGUCCAGAGCCUAAAUUCUGGGCGUUUAUAUACCCAAUGUGAGGCAAUGUCGACGCACUACGUUCAUCCCAUUUUGCUUAUUGAGUUUGACCAAGAGAGGGCAUAUACGCUGGCAACCUUGGGUGACAACAAAGAUACCCAUCGUCGUUUUACAACGCCGCAGGAGCUGAGUGUACAAGCGAAACUAGUACUUUUAACUCUGUCUUUUCCCCGCCUGCGUCUAGUGUGGUCGUCUUCUCCUUAUGCCAGUGUAGAAAUUAUUUCUGAUCUCAAGCAAAAUUUUGAUGAACCCGACCCUAUACGGGCAGCAGCUAUCGGUCUUGACGAAGCUUUGGAAAAUGGUUCGGUGUUGGAAACUGCCAUGAACAUUACACCUACGGAUAUGCUAUAUGAAAUGCCUGGUGUGACUACCAAAAAUGCCUUGUAUUUGAUGCGCGAGGCACCUCAUAUCCAGGCACUCUGCGAGCUGAGUCUUGCACAACUGCAACAGGCCAUUGGCUCCGAAGCAGCCCGCAAGCUGUAUGCAUUCCUCCAUCAGGGUCCCUAA